AUGGAGAAUGGUUAUAAUGCUGAGUCUGCUUCUUCUUCUUCUUCUUCUUCUUACUCUUACCCAUACGUGAAUUGUUGUUCCUCAUAUGAUACUUAUGGUACUUAUCCUUUCGCUGGAUUUUAUGGUACCUAUGAAUCGGGCAAAUACUAUCAACAAUUACCGAAUACCAGCAAUCAGUACCAUCAUAACCAAACUCAGACAUACUACCCACAUUAUCGUACACCAAUUGCAUCUACCUCUGAUUAUGCCCAUCUAUUUCUAAAUGGUACCAUUCCGAAUAAUUGCUCUUCUACAACGACUAUUGCUACCACUAUAAACUGUACUAGUAGUAAUGGUUAUGGUAGAGGGAACCGGAUCGGUCUUCAAAGACCCAAAUACGCAUGGAUGUUGGAACGUGAAAAGGAUCCUCAGCAAUCACGCCAUUUCCAGCAAACCGUUAGAUCAACAACUGAUACUGUAAUCACAUCACAAACAGGUAACAUGUAUGCAAUUUUGAACUUGUAA